AUGGAGGGAAAUUAUAAUCUGCGUCAACGACGUUGUCGAGAGAAAAAAAAGACAUUAGACGUUGAAAAAGAAUUGGAAAGAGUGAAUUCGAUUGGAGAAAGGACAACAGAAAAGCAGGGACAGCAUAAUAAACGGAAAAAUCAAAGAGAAGAAUUAUUAACAUCUGCAGAUGAGAAUCAGGAAAAAACUGAUGAAGAAAUCAGAGUGUCGACGGAAAAUGCAGAAUCAAGAAAAAAAAGUGCUCUACGCCAACAACGCUGUAGAAUGGAGAAGCGCAGAUUAGAUAUGGAAAAAGAGGAAUCACAACGAGACAAGAACCGUGAACGACAGCGACAAUGUCGAGCACGUAAACGUGAUGAAGCUAUUCGUGUACAGGUCGCUGAAACAAAUCGAAAUGUCUACAAUGCGAUAAAGCAGAAGAGAUAUCGGACGACGAAGAAAGAAAAAGGCAAAUCAAAUUGUAGAAUUCAAAAAGUUUAUCGAAUGAAAAAAAAGUACUGCUUCAACGAAACAAGUGUAAGGUUUAACGAUCAAGUGAGGGAAAAUUAUCUUGGGGCUAUGGAUGUAUUAUGUAAGCAUUGUGGGGCUAAACAUUUUGCAGGGAGGAGGCCAGGACCAUAUUGUUUCAUGGUACAAGGACAAAUUUACUAUCAAAUGAAUACCGCACUGUACCCGGAAAGAGAUGAUGGAAUACCUAGAUAUGGGCAACUAUUUAUGCUCGAUGCUGAUAUGGCUAAUGAUUUUCGAAUGACUGAUAUGAAGAGCUUCGAUAUUUCAAUAUUACAUGUACUUGACAGUGUCUUGCGUAGAGAAAAUCACUUCGUCAAUGCUUAUUAUAUGAUGAGAGAAGUGAUAGAAAUGGAAGAAAAAAACUGUGAGGAAUCUGGGACGGAAAUGCCUGAAAUUAAAAUGGUUUUCAAUAGCAGAAAGAAAGGUAUGGAUAAACAUAGAUAUAAUCCACAAAGAACGAAUGAAGUAGCUGCAGUAUUUACGACUACUGCAGAUGGCGAAAUUCCAGAAUCAUACGUAACUAUUGUCAAUAGAACAGAUAAAAAACUUAAAUUCGUCAGUACUUUGGAUCCAAGUAUUGAACCAUGGAUUUAUCCGUUGUUCUAUCCUCUUGGUUUAGGCGGCUAUGAUGUUGAAGAUACACGUUACAAUUGUGAUAGACGAAUCUCGCGAUCUGCGUAUGUGAAAGACCUUAUUGCUGUUAGAAAUGGGUUCAAUCCAAUCUUACAUGGUAGGAAGCUCUUUCAGCAAUGGAUAGUGGAUAAUUAUGUUAAAGUGGAGAGGGAUCGUACGAAUUUCAUCAGAUUUAAUCAAAAAAAGUUAAGAUGUGAGACAUACCAGGGUCUCGUCGAUUAUUUAGAGAGAAGGGGAGAAGAAAAUGACAUGAGAGUCGGAAAAAUUGUUAUAUUACCGUCAACAUUCAUUGGUUCACCUCGGAAUAUGGCGCAAAAUUAUCAGGAUGCCAUGGCAAUUGUGAGAAAAUAUGGUAAACCCGACCUCUUUAUCACUAUGACGUGCAACCCUAGAUGGCGUGAAAUUGAAGAAAAUCUUGGCUCGGGAGAACAACCAAGCGACAGACCCGAUAUAGCUGCGCGAAUAUUUGAUCUUAAAAAAAACUAUUUAUUAGAUCUAAUCUUAAUUAAUGAAAUAUUCGGACGCGUUCUAGCUUGGGUUUAUGUCAUUGAAUUUCAAAAGCGGGGACUACCACAUGUUCACAUGUUAGUCACCCUAAGCAGGAAUUGCAGAUUGACUAGCCCAAAUAUUGUAGAUAAAUUUAUUUCUGCUGAAAUUCCAGAUAGAGAUGAACAACCAGCAUUGUAUAAUAUAGUAAUGAAAAAUAUGAUUCACGGUCCUUGUGGAGAUUGGUGUUUAGUGGAUAAUAAAUGUUCGAAACAUUUCCCAAAAGCAUUUCAAGAAGAAACAAGCUUGGAUGGCGAUGGCUAUCCAUGCUACCGAAGAAGAGACACAGAUGAGUAUCACGAAAAACAAAAUGGGUAUGUCGUGGACAAUAGAUAUGUUGUACCUUAUUGCCCGGAGAUCUUAUUGCAACUCAAUUGUCAUUGUAACGUAGAGGUGGUGUCGCAUAUUCGAGCGGUCAAAUAUUUUUUCAAGUACAUACAUAAGUCACAUGACGCAGCAGAUGUUAUAAUAGAAGAAAUUUCGAGUACGAAUAGAACAUUUGAACAUGAUGAGAUCAAGCAGCAUAUUGACAGUCGUUAUGUGGGUCCUGUAGAAGCGGCCUGGCGUCUUUUACAUAAAAAAUUACAUGAUAAGAGUCAUGCGAUCAUCCGUUUACCGAUACAUCUCCCCAACCAACAAAGUAUUACAAUUAAUCCUGGAGGAGAAGAAUGUGAUUUAGCAGGUGCCUUAGAACAACAAAAUAUGUUGUUGGAUUAUUUCGCAUUGAAUAUUAGAGACGCUAAUGCCAGAAAAUAUCUGUACAUAGACAUUCCUGAACACUAUACAUUUGAUAAGAAAAAAGCUAAUAACCGAAUCAUUGGCUGGAAACCGAGGAAAGCAAGUUUUAAAACCAUUGGAAGAAUGUAUUCCAUCAAUCCAUCUCAGGUAGAGUUAUUUCAUCUUCGACUUCUAUUAUGUAAUGUCAAAGGAGCUAUGAGUUUCAAUGAUUUGAGGAGUGUUGAUGGAAGAUUAUUAGCAACUUUCACUGAAGCAUGUGUUGCACGAGGAUUGAUACAAGAUGAUCAUGAAUGGACAAGAGCAAUGGAAGAAGGAGAGGUGUGGAUGAUGCCUCAAGCGUUGAGACAACUAUUUGCUUGUAUUCUACUCCAUUGUCAGCCAUUGUAUCCUGACAAAUUAUGGGACGAAUUUAAAAUUCCUAUGUCAGAGGAUUUUAUGAGGAAAAUGACCCCUGCUGUUGCCGAAAAUCGUGCUUUGUGGGAAAUUGCCAGAAUAUUGCAGGGGGAAGAUAAGAAUCUAUCCGAUUACAAUAACAUGCCAGAGCCAUUGGAUAUAACUGAACAAGAAGUAGAAAUUGACUUUGAAAAAAUUCUAGCGAGAGGAAAUGAACAGUACGAACAAUUGAACGAAGAACAGAAAAAUAUCAUUGACGAAAUCAUAAGCAAUAUUAGAUCUGCAGGGGAAGAAGAACGUUCCACCUGUUUUUAUAUCAAUGGACCCGGAGGAUCAGGAAAAACUUUCAUCUAUGAUACACUAUGGCAUUUGAUGAUUGGUGAAGGGAAGAAAGUAAAGACAAUGGCAUUUACAGGAAUAGCAGCCACAUUAUUACCAGAAGGGAAAACUGUUCAUAAAACUUUCGGAUUGCCAGUACCACUUUAUCAAGAUUCAACUUCAAGCAUCAAAAUAAACUCGAAAAAAGCUAAAGAAUUAGGAGAAACAGAUGUCUUUAUAUGGGAUGAAGCGCCUAUGUCUCCGAAAUAUUGUUUGGAUGUCAUUGAUAGAUUAUUGAAAGAUAUAAUGGAUAAUGACAUCGCAUUUGGAGGAAAACUGAUCGUUAUGGGCGGUGAUUUCCGUCAACUCCUUCCAGUACUUGAAGGAGGGACACGCAGUGAAACAGUCAGUCUGUCAAUAAAAUAUAGUCCGUUAUGGAGGUUCUUCAGAACGUUCACAUUGCAUGAAAAUAUGAGAGCUUUCGCCACGGAGAGAAAAUUCUCAAAUUAUCUCAUUGCAUUGGGAAAUGGAGAACUGAAUGAUGAAAGGGAUCGAAUAGACCUACCGGAUGAAUGCAUAGCGGAUAGAGACAGAGAUAUCGUUCUCGAGAUGUAUGAAGAACUGAUAAGUCAGAAAAAAUAUAAAUCGGCUUCCAAAGUUGCAAUUCUCUCAGCAAGGAAUGACGAUGUCGAUGAAAUAAAUCAACGAGUGAUUGAUCUAUUAGAUAUCGAGACCGAGAGAAUAUAUACAAGCGUUGAUAGCACAGAAAACUGCAAUGAUGGUAAUCAAGAAAAAAAAGGGGAAACGAAGGAUACGUCGACGAAGGUCGAAGAGAAUAAUAAUAAAAACUAA